GCUGACCCUCCCUCCUCCUGCUCCUCCCGGGCGUCAUGGCCGCCUCGAAGCCCGUGGAGGCGCCGGGCAGCGGCGGCACCGCGGGGCUGUCCCGCUGGCAGGUGGCGCUGGUGCUGGGUGCGCCCAUCCUGCUGGGYGCCGGCGCGAUCUACCUGUGGGGGCGGCGGGCGGCGCGGCGCGGGAAGGGCGCGAGCGAGCGGAAGACCCCUGAGGGGCGGGCGAGCCCCGGGCCUGGCGGCGACAGCGGCUCCGGRCAGCCCGACGGGCCUGGACACGAGGAGAUGAGCCCUCUUGGUAGAGCCCAAGCAGCCAAGAACAAAGGAAACAAAUAYUUUAAAGCAGGAAAAUAUGAGCUAGCUAUUCAGUGUUAUACUGAGGCUAUCAGCCUGUGCCCUCCUGAGAAAAACCUUGAUCUUUCUACCUUCUAUCAAAAUAGAGCUGCUGCCUAUGAACAACUGCAAAAAUGGACAGAAGUGGCACAAGAUUGCACAAAGGCUGUUGAGCUCAACCCUAAAUAUGUCAAAGCUCUCUUCAGACGUGCGAAGGCCCAUGAGAARCUAGACAAUAAGAAGGAAUGUUUAGAAGAUGUCACUGCAGUCUGCAUUUUAGAAGCCUUCCAAAACCAGCAAAGUAUGUUAUUAGCUGAUAAAGUUCUUAAACUCCUUGGAAAAGAAAAGGCCAAAGAGAAGUACAAGAAUCGGGAGCCUCUGAUGCCCUCRCCACAGUUCAUUAAAUCCUACUUCAGUUCUUUCACAGAUGAUAUCAUUUCCCAACCUUUGCUUAAGGGUGAGAAAUCAGAUGAAGAUAAGGAUAAGGAGGGAGAGGCUUCUGAAGUAAAAGAAAACUCUGGCUAUUUGAGAGCAAAACAGUAUAUGGAAGAAGAGAACUAUGAUAAAAUUAUCAGUGAAAGCACAAAAGAAAUUGAAGCAAAGGGAAGAUACAUGGCAGAAGCUUUGCUUCUGCGAGCUACUUUCUACUUACUUAUUGGCAAUGCAAGUGCUGCCAAACCAGACCUAGAUCAGGUCAUCAGCAUGGRAGAUGCAAAUGUGAAGCUGCGAGCCAACGCUCUGAUCAAGCGGGGCAGUAUGUACAUGCAGCAGCAGCAGCCUGUGCUGUCCACUCAGGACUUCAACAUGGCUGCUGACAUUGAUCCUCAGAAUGCUGAUGUUUACCACCAUCGAGGACAACUGAAAAUCCUGCUUGACCAAAUUGAGGAGGCUGUGGAAGACUUUGAUGAAUGUAUCCGAUUGCGACCCAAUUCUGCCUUGGCACAAGCACAGAAAUGUUUCGCUCUGUAUCGCCARGCUUAUACAGGAAGUAAUGCUUUGACUGUGCAAGCAGCCAUGAAAGGCUUUGAAGAUGUCAUAAAAAAAUUCCCAAAGUGUGCUGAGGGCUAUGCACUCUAUGCUCAGGCACUAACUGAUCAACAGCAGUUUGGCAAGGCUGAUGAAAUGUAUGAUAAAUGCAUUGACCUUGAGCCAGACAAUGCCACUACAUAUGUUCAUAAAGGUUUACUUCAGCUCCAGUGGAAGCAAGAUUUAGACAAAGGAUUAGAACUCAUAAGCAAGGCCAUUGAAAUUGAUAACAAAUGUGAUUUUGCAUAUGAGACCAUGGGAACGAUUGAAGUGCAAAGAGGUAACCUGGAUAAAGCCAUUGAAAUGUUCAACAAAGCUAUCAACCUGGCCAAAUCAGAAAUGGAGAUGGCCCACCUCUACUCACUCUGUGAUGCUGCCUAUGCCCAGACAGAAGUUGCAAAGAAGUAUGGAUUGAAACCACCAACACUGUAAAGAAGCAAGGAGGAAAUGACCUUCCAAAGUGAAGUUGCCCACUUCAGCCAGCCCUAAAGACGCUGUUGCAGACCAUGCUGAAUGGUGGAACUUAGUUUUUUCCCGUUCGUGGUGUUGUCAUUUGCUACAUCUGUUAAAUGUUUAGGUGUUGUGGGAGUGGUUGUUCAAGGAAGUAUGCAGUGCUGCAUCUUGUUCCUUCUGCAGCAAAAACCUUAGAGUGUGUUAAGGGAAAUAAAGUUGCAGGGGAACCAAAGGAACAUAUUUUGGCCAUGCAAAUAAAAACUUCACACUGGUUCAUUUUGGGUGAUUAUGUUGUGGGCGAUUUUUGCUUUAUCAAAUAAUAUUACAGCAUGUGGGUUUUUUUCCUGUUGAUUCUAAAGGUAAUACUAGUCAGUGCUGUAAAAUAGGUUUCUUUUUAUGUCCAAUUAAUCCUUGAGGGUUUAUUUUAAUUUUGCAAAAAUUAAUUUUCAAAAUUUAAUAAUAGAGGSGUUUUUUAAGUCAGUAGAUGUGGAGAGGAUCCCUGUAAAUAUAUGCAAGCAUGCACAAUCUUCCCCUUAAAUCCCCUUCUACCCUCUGCCUAACUCACUUAGAAAUAGUCCUAUGGCAGCUAUUAGGRAAUUGAUUUGAUAGUCCUUAUUCUCACCCCAAAAGCCCUAGAGUAUUGUAUAGGAAAGCUAGGAAAAAGGUUGGUUGGGGAAGGAGGUCAGGUAACACUGCUUCAGUSUAGACCUUACUGGCAGAAAGACUGUAUUCCUGUGCAGCAGCUCUUACUUGAAUGUCACGGGAAAUUGUUCUGGAGGGUUCAGAGGGGCUUUCAGGAACAGAAAUCACUGCUGGGAGUCAAGCUCUGAAAGGUAAGGUCAUGCUUGCAUAUAAUCUUUGUAAUCUCUGAUUCUUUUGCGUAAAUGUAGCAGCUGAUAGAYUACCUAAAUUCUUUUCAGUCCCUAGAGACUGCUGUUUUACAUCUUCUUUUARGAGCCCCUUGGCAGGAUUAAGUGAGAUAAAGGAACAAAGCAUAGGCUAAAACUUCCAAUAAUGGAUUUGGAAUCUGCACUCAUUUCCUUGUCCUGUAGACCCUGUCUUGUACAAGAUUACAAAUACUGUAGAAAGGAAGCAAUUGUGCUGCAAACAGCAGAUGGGCAAAUGAUGAUGUCAUUUUCCUAUCRUUAGGAACUUCACUAAGGGCCCUUUUGCUUUGGGUUGAUCGUUCUGGGGGGAAGUCAGUCAGUCCAUCUUGCUUAUCCCUGGAUUGAUGUGGCUGGACAAACCUCAUGCAAAUGAUGUAACUUAAUUCACAACACACUACUUUUGGGCUUCUUUCCAUCCUGAAAUCAUAGAUUUGUUUGUGGUGAAUUGUCUAAUGUAUUUAAUCUUUUAAGGAAAUUAAUGAUGCCGUAGUCAAACUGUCAUGUUCUGUAAUUGUGCCACCAUACAGCAGCAGCUUGCAUUUUCAGCUUGACCUUCCCUUUUCCCAGCAACCACAGCUGAGUAUCCAAAUGGUGGAGAGUAGAAAUAAAGAUUUAAUUAUUAUUUUAGUAGCUCAUUAGGUGAUCAGAAAUCAUAGCACUGGURUAGAAUUGAAGAUCUGGGAAGGUACUGGCAGCUUCUAGGGGCACCGAACGUAACAAGUGUCAAAUGUCUUCUCCAACUUCCAAUCUCUGCAUCAAUUACCUGAGAACAAAAAUAUGCCAGACUGACGAGUCCUGUUCUCCGAAGAGUUUUUAUUCGCAUGGCCUUAUUUACAUUGGCAUUUUCUCCUCAUCACCCCAUCUGUACUCCAUUCCUUACCCCACCCAGUCAAUUAAGGGAAAAAAGCAUGUGCUGUCAAUUACUAGCAUUCCAAAUCAUCACAGACUUUUGCCUGUUCUUGAACUAGUUUGAAACUGCACUGAAAGGAUGCAUUGUCUGUAAUUUUUUUGUAAAUGACAUAUCACCUGUAAACUGAAAAAAUAAAUACUACCUUCAAGUAUCUCUCUCUGACAUGUAUAAGAACAGGUUUGGGUGAAAGUGUUCUCUGCAGUGGUGAGCUCUGUGCUUAUGUUGUUCCAAAUGUAGGAUAAUUGACUGACUYCUUGUCAUCUUCUCUCACUUCAACCUUUAAGAAAGAAUAAGGAGGAAACAUGGAAUAAACAAAUCUGAUCUCUGCUUGCUUCUGUCACCCACAGARGUAUGAUCUUGAGAGCUGGGGAUUACAGGGGAGAGGAAGUUGAGCCAGAAAGGCUGGGAAUCUUGAGACACUAUUAAUGUGUGUGUGCAGGUGURUUCCUUUGGUGAAAGGGACUCUUUAAAAAUGGCUGAUAGAGUUGAGGUUUUAUUUUAAGCCAGGUGUGCAUGUGAACUUUGAAGUGAAACAAGUAUUACUGCUAUUUUAAAAAAAGGGUGAAAUUAUGUAGGAAGCUAGUACUGAAGACUUGGAUAAACCCAGUGUAUCCUAGAGAGAUACUCUGGGAAAUUGCAUCUACAUAGAUAAUCUAGGAACUUAAUUCUCAUUUUGUAUGAUCCCUGUUACUCACAGGGACAGUGCUCUCAGGCACAAGGUGUGAUUCUUGGGAUGUCCUGCAAAGGACCAGAAGUUGGACUCUCAUCCUGAUGGGUCCCUUCCAACUCAGCAUAUUCCAUGAUUCUAAGCUAUGACUUGAAUUACAAGGAUCUAACUGCAGAUUGAAAGGGAAGAGGGCACUAAYACACACUGAAGAGCUGUACUGUACUCUAGAACUAUCAAGAGCAGCUUUGAUGCAACUUUAACCAGCCCAGCGAUCCUAGCACUGCCUACUUCUCUGCCAUUUCUUUAAAAUGAAUUUAAAUUCUUGCAGGUUGAAAUUCUGGAACCGUUUCAUGGUUGUUACUGGUUAGUUUCCUAUUUUUAUAGAAUAUUGGUGCAUGUGUCAUAUGGAUACUUAAAAGUGCCUGUUUUCUACCAACACAAAGGUUGAGUAUYGGCUGCUUCAAGUACUAUGGCUAAGAACUGACAAUGUACUUUUUUUUCAGUGAAACCCUCACAUAUUCACAGUCCAUUUGUAUCACUUCUGGGUGGAGCACACUGGAGACCCUACUAAAUACCCUACAAAAACCAGGUGCUUAGAAUUUGUCCUGAUAGAGUGAAGAGAACUGAGUUCAUGACAGCUCUUCGGCUGCAUUCACCAAAGUAGCUUGUAACAGGUUUUCAUCCAUCCUCUCUGUUUGGGAUUCCAGGGGAGGACAGUCCAGACCACAGAUUUUGUUACCUGUUGCAGACUGCACUUUGCAUUUUUCAGAUUUCAGUGGUCAGCCCAUGAAAGUCCUGCACUACUUUAAUCCUCCAAAGGUAGUAUUUAGUCACUGCUGCACAUUGAAUUAGCAGAGAGAGGGGAGGGGAAAAAAAUAAAAUAGUUACUAUGAUUUAGAAGUUGGAGCCCAGCAAUGGCUGUCAUGGAUAUGGGAUGUGGAGUAUGUGGGAAGCACUAAUCUAAUGCAGGAGACUUGGCUCAAAUGAGAAAUUGUUAAWUUUUUAAUAUUUAUUUUUCAACAAAUAAACCUUCAUUUCACCUUG